AUGCUCAAAUCGUGUAGAAGCUUGAUUUCCAACGCGUUAGCUGUUCGAGGCGUUCGAACGCUUGCAGCUCCCGUCAAUCCGCACCAGCAAAAGCCGGUUCAAGCCGUUUUACCGGAUAAAUUGUUCAGUUCUAUCGAAAUUGAAUAUCGCGGACACGAUAAACAGGUGCUCAAAUCCUACACAACAUUCCUUGAAGCCGUCUGCGGGCAUUUGGAAAUUCCAAGAGGCAAACUCGAAGUGCUGCCGUAUAUCAGAUGGGUUCAGCCGGCGCUUCGCUCAAAGUUUGUCCACAAGAAGUACAAGCUUCAUUACGAAACGCGAACACAUAUAACGAAAUUUGAAAUCAAAAAUGUGACCGGCUCAACGGCUUCAACAUUCCUUGAAUACAUCCAACGCAAUAUUCCAGAAGGCGUCGGAAUGCGUGUCGGAUUCGUCGAAAUCCAACCAUUGCCACUAACAAUCAAGCAAUAG